AUGCACAUCCAAGACGCCAUCCACGCCGCCUCCCUCCACGACCCGCACGCCUUCUGGUCCCACCACGCUGCCCAGCUCCACUGGCAUCGCGCGCCCUCCCAGGUCCUGGCACAUACUCGGCGCACCCUCGCCGACGGCAGCUCGCACGCCGCCUGGUCGUGGUUCCCCGACGGCGAGCUAUCAACGACCUUCAACUGUGUCGACCGGCAUGUCGCCGCCGGGAGGGGCGAUUGCGCCGCCAUCGUCUUUGACUCGCCCGUCACCCAGACCGUCGAGACCAUCACCUACGCGCAGCUCCAGGAAGAAGUCGAGCUCCUCGCCGGGGUGCUCCGUGAAGAAGCCCAAGUGGAAAAGGGAGAUGUCGUUUUACUCUAUAUGCCCAUGAUCCCUGCCGCGUUGAUCGCCGCGUUGGCCAUCGCCCGCUUGGGCGCCAUCCAUGCCGCCGUCUUUGGCGGUUUUGCGGCCCCGUCGCUCGCCCAGCGCAUCGACGCCGCCCAGCCAAAGGUCAUCAUGACCGCCUCGUGCGGCAUCGAGGGCGUCAAGGGUCCCCUUGCGUACCGCCCGCUCGUCGAGGGGGCCAUCGCCGCCAGCAAUGCCUCCCCGCAGCGAGUCAUCGUCUGGCAGCGGGAACAGAUGCCGUGGAAUCUCGAUGAAGCCCGCGGGCAGCGGGACUGGCGGCGUCUUGUCCAAAGUGCCCGUUUACGGAGGGUCCGUUGUCCUGCCGUCCCGGUCAAGAGUACCGACGGUUUAUACAUUAUCUACACAAGUGGAACCACUGGCCUUCCAAAAGGUGUACUCCGUGAAGCUGGGGGUCACGCCGUCGGCCUCAGCCUGUCAAUACGGUAUCUGUUCGACAUUCACGGCCCAGGGGAUGUCAUGUUCUGUGCCUCGGACAUCGGAUGGGUCGUCGGCCAUUCGUACAUUCUGUACGCCCCGCUGCUGGUUGGCGCAACCACCGUGCUCUACGAGGGGAAGCCCGUCGGCACCCCGGACGCAGGCCAGUUCUGGCGCACGGUGGAACGCCAUCGCGUCAAGGUCCUUUUCACGGCCCCGACCGCGCUGCGGGCCAUCCUGCGCGACGAUCCGCAUGGAAGCUUGCUCGAGGAGGUGGGCCGGCGGGGCGGGCUGAAGACCUGGCGCGCGCUCUUCCUUGCAGGCGAGCGCAGCGAGCCUUCUCUCGUGCAACGGUUUCAAGAUCUUCUAGCGCGGCAUGCCGCGCCGGGAGCCAUGGUUGUUGAUAACUGGUGGUCGUCCGAGUCGGGCUCGCCCAUCUCCGGGCUCGCUUUGGCUGCCGCUGUAGGAAACCCCCCCGGCACUGAUAGCACUAGUCAAAACGAAAUUCUUCGCCCCCUACCUGUCAAACCCGGUUCAGCAGGCAAACCGAUGCCCGGGUUCGACGUGCGCAUCGUCGACGAUCAAGGCAUCCCCGUCCAAGCCGGGACGAUGGGAAAUAUCGUGCUAGCUCUACCUCUAGCACCAACAGCAUUCACGACGCUGUUCCGCGACGAGGCCCGUUUCUACGCCAGCUACCUGCGUCGGUUUGCUGGUCGGUGGUUCGACACGGGAGACGCAGGCAUGCUGGAUGAACAGGGAUACCUGCAUGUCAUGGCGCGGUCGGACGAUAUCAUCAACGUGGCUGCCCAUAGGUUUUCAACGGGCCCCAUCGAACAAGCCAUUCUAUCCCAUCCGGCCGUCGGGGAAGCGUGCGUGGUCGGACUGCCCGAUUCUCUCAAGGGUCAUCUCCCCUUUGCAUUCGUCCAGCUCCGGCAGGAAACCAAGGACAGCAAGGAACCCCCAUCGGCGGACCUCUUCAACGAAAUCAACGGCUUGGUCCGCCACCAGAUCGGGGCUAUCGCCUCCCUCGGCGGCCUCAUUGUCGGCAACGCGAUGAUCCCCAAGACGCGAAGCGGCAAGACUCUCCGCCGUGUACUGCGCCAGUUACUCGAGCAGGGCAGUCGGGGGGAGUUCGACGGCCCUGUGAACCUGCCGCCUACGAUUGAAGAUGGGGAGGUAAUCAACGUAGCGAGGAUGUAUAUUCAGCGUUACUUUACAAGUAGACCGAAGCUGUAA